CGGGCCGCCUUGCUGAAGCGGCAUGGCCUCGGGGCGCCUGCAGCUGCUGGCCUUCGCCCUGGCCCUGUCGGGGGUGUCCGGGGUGCUGGCGGCCACGCUGCUGCCCAACUGGACGGUGAGCGUGGACGCGGGCCCGAGCAUCCUCAGCGCCGUGGCGCAGCUGCAGGGGCUGUGGGUGGACUGCACGUGGCACAGCACCGGCCUGUUCAGCUGCGCCGUCAAGCGCCCCCUGCUGGCCCUGCCCAGCCACGUGCAGGCCGCGCGCGCCGCCAUGGUGCUGGCCUGCGUGCUGUCUGCACUGGGGCUCUGCGCCUGCGCCGUGGGCAUGCGGUGCACCCGCCUGGGCGGGGACCCGGCCACCAAGGGCCGGGCGGCCUUGACGGCGGGGGUGUGCCUCGCGGCAGCCGGCCUCUGCACCCUGAUCCCCACCGUGUGGUACACCAAGGAGAUCGUGGCCAACUUCCUGGACCUGAGCGUGCCCGACAGCCGUAAGCAGGAGCCCGGGGGCGCCAUGUACUUGGGGUUCAUCUCGGCCACGCUGCUGUGCAUCUCCGGGGUGAUUUUCUGCACCUCCUGUGCCAGGAGGGGCCCAGAGGCCUGGCUGCAGGCUCCCAGGCCGAAGCCCGUCUCCCCCCUGCAGCUGGAGGGCGGCUCGGCUUACAACCUCAAGGACUACGUGUAAACACCUACCGUGCACCAGGGAGAGGCCUCUGUCUGCAUGGAGAGGCAACAAACGCCAGGUCUACGCUUCCUUUUAUUAUUUUGUUAACCUGAGCACUGGUGGUGCCGGGGAUUGAACCUAUUGAGCCCGGAACCUUUGGUCCCUCAAGGCCUCACGGCCUUUUUGCAUCACCGUUUUGCUGUCUUCCCGGCCCGACUUCAUAGUCUCUACAAAGAACGAGAGAGACUUUAAAGGCGAUUGGGCCCAUUGAAAAUGCCCACCGCCGAUCACAACUGUUGUCAAACAGCUUUAGCAAAGAGGUUCUGAUGAUAUUUAA